CGCCGAAGCAACAGCAGAGAAGGAGGAAAAAUGUCGCUGGCUCCAGCGCGGACCGUUCUAGGAUCAGUGUCCUUUUAGGAAAAAACACACGGCAAUUCGUAUGAAACCUCUGCUGUGUUGCUGCUAUGAGAGAACAGUUCACUUUCUUUGUAUAGCUGCAUGAAGUUUAUUAUCCAACGGGAGGUUUUAGCUUGACUAUAGGAAGAGAGUCGUCUUACACUCCCCUUUUGUCACGACAGCUUUAACGACAACCAUUUAAGAACAGAGGAAUAUACUGUAACACUACAUGGGCCUCUAAGGUAACCUGAUCUGAUAAUUACAGCCUCCUCCCUCACAUAGAAAGGUAACAUUUCAGUCAUGGACCAGUCGACCAGGGUGUUGGGGCUGGAUGCCCAGGGGAACAUGGUGUUCACAGUGGUAAAACCAGUAAUGGGCAUCUUUCAGGUGGCUUCAGAGCAGACGGGUAGUGUUGCACAAGGGGGCAUGGGGCUGCAGGGUUUACCCGAAAACACGAUGAUCCUCCCUCAAGCACAAGGCCAGGCUCCACUGGACCACAACCAGAUGGAAAUUCACAGCCUACAGCCUCACAUCCAGAUGCCACAGAUGCAGGUUUCUGCCCCGAUUCAGACCGAGGUCGUGUCCCAGCAUCAGGACCCGCCACCAAACUCAAGCACAAAUUCAGAGUCCGCCCCGCACAUGCCUUUUGCAGAGGUGUCGUCACUCCUGGAUCCCAACAUGAAAGGAUCCAAGGCUCGGAAGUAUCUCAUCUCAUAUGAUGAAAUUAAACGCCGCCUGCAGUCCCCGGAGAAGAUGUCCCUACGCUCCCUGGCAGCCUACACUCGGGUCAGCAGAGGCCCUGCCAGCAAGAAAACACUUCUGGAGUCGCUCAAUGUCCUCGGCCUCACGCCAAGCACAACUACCUCUGUAUCCUCCUCUUUCUCCAAACUCACUGAAGGCGACACCAGAGCUCUGUGUGACGAUAUGAAGGACUUUGCCCAUGACUACAUCGACUACAGCAACAUGGCCAAACAGCUCAUCCCCGAGACGAAUACAGUCCAACACUGGUCCAAAAUCAUUGAAACUAAGAACCACUUGGAGGACAUGAGAAAAUGUUUCAAGGACCCAGUGAACAGCGGUGCGUUUGACAACGUCACUCACGGCCUGGGUCUGGGAAUGUUGGACGUUGCUUUGGACAUGAUCGUUAUGGUGAUUGAACAGCAGAUUCGGAUCCUGUCUGGCGUGGCUGCAUCAGACCCGGCUGACUCCGGCCCACCGAUGAGGCGUAUCCGCAGGCGUCACCGCAAAACCCGCUCGACCGACAACGACAGCCCUCACAAGGCGUCUGGAGGGGUCAAAGAGCAAGGGAAGGCCAUUACAAAAGGCAAGGGCCGAGUCAGAGCCAGGAAGAAGGUCAGACAGGAGGCUCCAGCUGCUGUUCCUAUGGAAACCCAAGCAGAGCAGUGCAAGCCAGACGAUGUGGAGAGUAAUGUCCUGACCCUGGUUUCUGUUGGAUAUGAGACAGUGUCCAGCGGUCUGAAUGCAACUGGAACUGUUUGACACCUGGUCACAAGACGGCUCCAAAGAACCAUAGUCCCAUUCAAAGGGAAACUCAGCGAUGACACACAAGCUCUGCACAAGUUGAGGUCCUGUGAAGGAGAUUACAGCUGUGGUGAACUCAGCAUCAGUGCAUAAUAUCACGUCCAGAAGUCCAGCACUUGGACAUUUUGGGAAAUAGACUUACAAGGUUUCUUGCUGAGAGAUAGAAGAAUCAAAUGUAUGCAGCAGGCAGUUAGCUUAGCAUAAAGAGUGGAAAAGGGGGACAGCAGCUACAGCCAGUCCGACACUGUCCUACAGUAACAACAGCAACGCAAGUUAAAACUUUUCCUCUUGAGCUACAUUAAGUUGCCAGAGAUUAUCAGUUUCAAUUAAAGUUUCAAUUAAAUCAAAUCAAAAGUGUUUAUUUUGGGUUCACAUUGCUGAUUAGCAGCCCAAACACAAAGGGGUCUGGUUUUCUGACGUAUCUGGGACUUCCACAACAGGUAAAAAUCAGCAAAAGUUGGUUUUCAGGCAUGGGUAAUAACGAAAAGUAUUUGUACGGAUUAAUUAACAGGUUAUAUCUUGUUUGUUCUUUAGAAGUUGAAGUAGGUGGAUUUUGUCAUCAUUGGACAGAGCCAGGCCAGCUGUGUUUACUUUUUAUGCUAAGCUAACAAACUGUUGCUGCAUAUUUACUUUACAGAAAUGAGUGGUUUUGAUCUUGUCCAACUCUAAACAAAAAAAGCAAAUUUCCCAAAAUGCAGAAUAUUUCCUUUAAGUGGAUCCUCUGUUUCUUUAGUAGCGGGUUUCAUAUGUGUGUAGUCUAACUGAGUCCAAUUUUACUUUAUUUUUUUACACUAUGUUGUCAGUAAACGGACUAAAAUCUCCACCGUAUGUGUAUAAAUGUCAUCAUGUUGAACACAGACAUCCUGUCCUCGCACAACCCAUAAUGUAGAACAGAUAAUAUCAGUCUGGAUAUUUUUGCUGGUGGUUCAAUGUCUCCUGUUUCUCUGUUGUAUUUAUUGUUUAGAUUUCCAAUUGAACAUCUGUCGUCUGUUUUUACUGGAACAUCAGGAGUUGAGUAAAAUAUAAAGAUUUAAUUUUUAUUACUACUUUGAUUCUGUUAUUGUCUUAUAAAUGGAGACAACUGUG